AUGUAUGUUCACUUGGCUCUAAAAACCGUGCUGGUUUUGUACUUGGUGAAAGAUAACUGCAUAACUGCUACGGCUUGCCCGAAGGAGACAAUCAVUGUAAAGGCUACUCUCGAACCUGGAUGGAACUACGAGAUCAAAAGUGCUGGUUUUCCAAACAAUUACCUGCCCAACCAAACUUGUACUUGGAGGUUAUUUUUCCCUGAUUCUAUGGAGAACCUGCGCGGAAAAUAUAGCAUGAUGUUGGUGUUUGACGCAUUGGAAAUAGAACCUUGUAAAAGCUGUUCUUGUGAUUGGUUGGCCCAUACUAACAGCGAAAGUAAUUUACCAACAACCUCUAAUAGAAAAUGCCCAUUGUACUCCAAAAAUGCUAUUGCCACUCUAAAGGAAACUGACCGCAGCAAAAUUCGCAUUUACAUACAUCGAAAUUACUAUGAAUAUUGGCUACAAUUUCGCACAGAUGGUUCUUCCGAAUUCAAAGGUUUCAAAGGAAAAAUAACGGUAGUGAAAGCAUGGGAAUCCAGUAAAUGUUGGUAUUACAACAACAUUAUCAACGAAACAAGGGGGAGCAUUUCCAGCCCCAAGUACCCUUUAAAAUACAUKCCAGGUCAGUGUAUAMAGUGGCACCUUGUUGUUCCUAAAGGAUUUCGAGUCAAACUCACCUUUAAGGAUUUUGAUCUGGAUAAUGCUCGUACCAGUGAUAACGACUGCAAAAAGGACUAUGUAGAAAUAAGAGAUGGGAAGCUGGGUAAUUACGGUGAGUUGCUUGGUCGGUUCUGUGGUAGUACCAUUCCAGGGAAGAUCUUCUCCUUAUCCAAUCAGAUGUAUGUAUCGUUCGUGAGUGACAACAAUGGACAGACAAUGCACAAGGGCUUCAAUGCGCACUUUCAGAUGGAUGGUAACCAUAGCUCCCAUUCGCCCUCCCAUGCAGUGCUGGUUUUGUACUUUGUAAAAGAUAACUGCAUAACUGCUACAGCUUGCCCGAAGGAGACAAUCAAUGUAAAGGCUACUCUCGAACCUGGAUGGAACUACGAGAUCAAAAGUCCUGGUUUUCCAAACAAUUACCAGCCCAACCAAACUUGUACUUGGAGGGUAUUUUUCCCUGAUUCUAUGGARAACCUGCGCGGAAAAUAUAGGAUGAUGUUGGUGUUAGACGCAUUGGAAAUAGAACCUUGUACGAGCUGUUCUUGUGAUUGGUUGGCGCAUACUUACAGCAAAAGUAAUUUACCAACAACCUYUGAUAGAAAAUGCGCAUUGUACUCCAAAAAUGCCAUUGCCACUCUAAAGAAAUCUGAUGACCGCAGCAAAAUUCGCAUUUUCACAGAUCCAAGUUACAAUGAAUUUUGGCUACAAUUUCGUACAGAUGGUUCUUCCGAAUUCAAAGGUUUCAAAGGAAAAAUAACGGUAGUGAAAGAAUGGGAAUCCAGUAAAUGUUGGUAUGACAACAACAUUAUCAACGAGACAAGGGGGAGCAUUUCCAGCCCCAAGUACCCAUUGAAAUACAUGCCAGGUCAGUGUAUAAAGUGGCACCUUGUUGUUCCUAAAGGAUUUCGAGUCAAACUCACCUUUAAGGAUUUUGAUCUGGAUAAUGCUCGUACCAGUGAUAACGACUGCAAAAAGGACUAUGUAGAAAUAAGAGAUGGGACGCUGGGUAGAUCCGGUGAGUUGCUUGGUCGGUUCUGUGGUAGUACCAUUCCAGGGAAGAUCUUCUCCUUAUCCAAUCAGAUGUAUGUAUCGUUCGUGAGUGACAACAAUGGACAGAMAAUGCACAAGGGCUUCAAUGCGCACUUUCAGAUGGAUGGUAACCAUAGCUCCCAUUCGCCCUCCCAUGCAGGUGAUAUUCAAGUCAAGCCAUCCUUCACGUAUUCUGCUUUAGUGAUGGUGGUUGUGAUCGUGAAGAAACUCCUUUAUUAAGAAGUCUAGUCUCUAGUGGACAAUCAUGAUAUAGAUUAACUAUGAAAUAAAAUACAAUGGCUUAAAUAUUAUUAGUUUAGAUUUAAGGACGACAACUGUCAUAAAACAUUUUAAGAUAAGACAA